AUGAUUAACAUGGACGACGAUUUGGCAGGGGAGUUAAACGGCGUGUUUCUCUGCGUUUUGCCUAUGUUUCAUGUGUUUGGAUUGGCGGUUGUAACGUACGCGCAGCUGAGACGAGGGAGUGCGGUUGUUUCGAUGGGGAGGUUUGAGUUGGAGAGUUUUUUGAGAGCUAUUGAGAAGUACAGAGUGACGGAUUUGUGGGUUGUGCCGCCGAUGGUGCUUGCUUUGGCGAAACAGAGUGUGGUCAGUAAAUAUGACGUUUCGUCGUUGAAGUGUAUUGGGAGUGGUGCUGCUCCUCUUGGGAAAGAAUUGAUGGAGGAAUGUGCUAGACGUUUGCCUCAUGUUACUGUUUAUCAGGGCUAUGGUAUGACAGAAACUUGUGCCAUCGUUUCUAAAGAGAAUCCAAGAGUAGGCAUUCGCCAUCCUGGCUCAGCUGGAAUGUUGGCUUCAGGAGUCGAAGCUCAAAUAGUGAGUGUGGACACACAGAAGCCACUCCCUCCAAAACAAUUGGGAGAAUUAUGGGUACGAGGUCCCAACAUGAUGCAAGGUUAUUAUAACAAUCCAGAAGCCACAAGAUUGACUUUAGAUAAAGAGGGGUGGAUACAUACAGGAGAUCUUGGAUAUUUUGAUGAGAAUGAACAACUUUAUAUUGUUGACCGGAUCAAAGAAUUGAUCAAAUACAAAGGUUUCCAGGUUGCGCCAGCAGAACUUGAAGGUCUUUUAGUUUCUCACCCUGAAAUACUAGAUGCUGUUGUCGUCCCAUUUCCUAAUGAUGAGGCUGGUGAGGUUCCAAUUGCUUAUGUUGUUCGUUCACCCAAUAGUUCACUAACCGGGGAAGAAAUUCAGAAGUUUAUUGCUAACCAGGUUGCACCGUUCAAAAGAUUGCGAAGGGUGACAUUCAUCAGCAGUGUCCCUAAGACAGCUUCAGGAAAAAUUCUGAGAAGAGAACUUAUUGCAAAAACACGGUCCAAAAUAUAA